UUCAACUAUUUCAUCAAACAUCUUAUCGACAUGAAACAACUUAUGAUAUAGAUUAUGAUUUCUCAACCUUAAUCUAGCAUUUAAAUACACCAAUAAAUUAAAGAUCGUAUAGACUAAGCACACAGCAUCAUAUAUCAAGCACUAAUCACCCUUAGAGCAUCAUUAUCGCAGUAUACAACUCAAGUUUCUUAGCAUUAAUUGAAUUAAAAAAAAAGAAAAUUGGAUUAAUUAAGAGGAGACGUAUCUUAAUUACGGGAAGGAAGAGACCGUGUCUUGAGACACGUGUUGUGUUGUGGGUGUUCAGAAGCAAACCCGUCUCUCUCCCUUCUUCGAUUUCGUCGACGACUCCUACUGCGAUCUCCUCACAGAGCCGCCGAUGGAGUCCAGCGAGUCUUGUAACGAGUGGAGGAUGGAGACUGGGUCGGCUUGUAAGAGGGAAGCGAGUUCUGUGACUUUGAGGUCGGUGUAGAGUGUGUAGCCGAGGAAGGAUUGGCUUUUGAUCGAUUCAUGUGGACUUCGUGAGAUUGGCUUUUGAUCGAUUCAAUUCGAUUCUCUCGAUCUGUUUCUCGCCAUCUGUGUGUGUGUGUUUGGUUCCAUAGAUAAUUUUGGAAUCGAAUGUUUCCGAAGGGAAAGCAGAGUUGCAGAAAUUGAAAAACAGAGAAGAAGGUCAUGAUGGUGAGAUUCUCUGUGUUUCGUUUAGCCCUGACGGUAAGCAACUAGCAAGUGGUUCAGGUGAUACAACGGUUAUGCUUUGGGAUCUCGACACUGAAACUCCAAUGUUUACAUGCAAAGGGUACGAGCAUCAUAUUCUCGCAGUUGCAUGGUCACCAGAUGCAAAGUGUCUUGUGAGCGGUGAUAGAAAUGGAAAAGUCUGUGGUUGGGAUCCAAGCAAAGGAGAAUUACAGGGCAAAGCACUUGCAGGUCACAAGAAAUGGAUUUGUGGUAUCGCGUGGGAACCAGCUCAUCUUAGUUAUCCAAGCAGGAGAUUUGUGACUUGUGGCAAAGAUGGAGAUGCAAGGAUCUGGGACUUUGCACUUAAGAGAACUCUUACUGUCCUCAGUGGACACACACAAGCUGUGACCUGUAUCAAAUGGAAUCCUCAAACAUAUAUUGAGAGGCCAUGCCGGGUGGGUGUGAACUCCCUUUCAUUGAGUACAGAAUAUUAUGUUCUUCUGAGAGGAGCUUUUGACCACACUAGACAAGUAACAUGUUCAGAUGAAAUGAAAAAGAUUACACUUGAAAGAUACAUCAAAGCAAACGGGAAAGUAGAUUCUCCUGAAAGAUUAGUGUCUGGUUCUGAUGAUUUUACGAUAAUCCUUUGGGAACCAUCCGUUAGCUUACAAGGGAAAGGUUACAAGACGUUUCAAGCAUCACUACCACUAUGUUCGUUUCUACAUCCUCAUAGACUUUGUCUUCGAUCGUUUCCUUUAGAAACUUGUAUGUUUUUGUAAGUAGUAUUCACAUGUCUUAGAAACUUGUAUAAAUGAAACUAGUAUUACUUAAUAAAAAGUUUAAGUUUAAUAAGGAAAAUAAAAAAAAAGUUGGUGUUUAAUUAAAUUUUUUUUUUUAAGAACCCUUAAUAAGAGACUUGCAAUGGAGCACAUAAAUUUGCGGAUCUCUUAAUCCAGUCUCUUAAUUCAUUUUUACAAUUAAAUACUAAAUAAGAGACCCAUUUAAAGUCUCUAGGAUAAUGUUGCUCUUAUUUACCAAACUCAAAGCUCAAAAAGGUUAUACUCACUAAUCUUUAUGAAACAACCUAAACCAUGAUAGAUUAAUGGAUAAUUAAGAGAUUAGAAAGAUAAAAACAAGAUUAACAAAAUAAAUCCUUUAACACAAUCAAGAUUCACAAACAUCCAAGUUUAUCUACAUAAGAAAUAAAAAAAAACUAAGAUAGAUUUAUGCCUAGGUAGCUUCGAGUUUUCAUUUCUCUAAAAUGCUUUUUAUAGGUCUUAAAACAAGAUGGGUUGAUCCAAAAACCCUGGAUUAACCCAUAUAAAUAUGAGUAAACUGGCCAACUGCUGAUUUGCAACGUAGCGGCAUGGGUAUUGGUCGCUACAGCUUCCUUUUGUAGUGUCAUGCGUAUAGGCCGCUAUGCCCCAUGUCUAAUUUGGUCUUCACUUCUGAGUCGCCAUAGCGGUUGGGCUUUGGCCGCUAGGUGCAGGAUACUAUUCCCCCCCUAGUUUUUGUACGAGCAUUUUGUAUUUCUGUAGCAGCCUGAGUAUAUGCCGCUAGGCACACCACUACAGACCACAUUCAUAAUGGCUUGUGUAUAGGCCGCUAGUCUUGGCCUAUACGAGAUUCCAGACUCCAAAAUCUCUGUUUUGCUUGUUUUCCUUUUCCAAAUGCCUCCAGUCACCUAAGUACCUGUUUCAAAGGAUCCACAAUGAAAAUGUACAUGCAAGGACACUAAAUACACCUAGAUGUAUGCUAAAUGAAUGAUAUAUAUGAGAAAUGAGGAAGCUAAAACCAUGAAAAUAUCAAUACAUCAAACCGCUUUUGUCUGUUUGUUGGGAGCAUGAUCGGAGUCCCUCCAUUUCAGGCCUCCACAAUACCUCCUGAACCUGCAACUCCAAGGUUCAGUAUCUCAGAGGCUUAAAAGCUAUAUAGCUUCGUUUUGGCCUUCAAUUGGUGAAGCUACUUUCAAUGGUCAGAAACAAAAGAACGAGCAGAUGAUGCUUCUGGGAAAGUUAUUCCGCAACUUCCGGUUGAGAAUUUCCACCUUUGACUCUCAAAGCAGGUGGUAGUCUUUGGUUUUGAUGGGCAACGAAAAACUUUUUCCAGGCUGCUGAAUGGAAUUACCGACUCGAGGGUACGCCUUAGGUGAAAAAUCCAAGAACGGGCUCCGAGAAUAAGGAAGAAUACAUUUUGGCGAUCCCGCCUGGAUGACUCAUUCAUAUUGUAUUGAUUAAGUUAUGGGGCCAGUAAUAUAAGAGAAUUUGUCUUAAGCUAAGUGUCUCUUUCUUCUUGUUCCAUAUUCCUCAUAAACACUCGCAAAUGGGUUAUUCAUUGGGGAGUGUGGUAUAUUGAUAUUGUCUCGGCCACGCCCGGGCUUGACCCCAUACACGUGAAACAAUCAUAUGGGGCCCAUGAUUUAUCAAAAAAAAACAAGGUCAACUUUUUCUAUUGUUAUUAAUUAAAUGGAUCAAUGUGUAUUGUGGAAAAUU